AUGUUUGGUAGCUAUUAUUGGGAGCAUAUUGUUGCUGAACUUCGUUCACAAGCUAAAUUAGCUAGUGAAGGUGCUGUUUUAUUUAAUGACAUAUCACGUAAACGUGAUAAGGAAGCAACUGAUCGUGAAAAGCAAACAGUGGAAAAAAUAACUCAAAGUAUAGAUCGUAUUAAAGAACAACAUUCAAAAUUAAAUCGAUCGGAUAGCAAAGCUGCUGCAUUACUUACUGAUUCAUCUGAUCAUUUCGAAGUCAUUCGAUCAGGUGAUUAUUAUAUGUUUGAUUAUGAAUCAGAUGAAAAAGAAGAUGAAGAAAAACAAGAUGAAGCAACUGUUGCUCAAGAACAAAUUCUUCAAGUUAUAACAGCACGUGAUAAACAUACAGCUGUUGCUGCUGCUGCACAAAAACCUUCAACCUCUUCUUUUGAUGAAUCAGACAGUCAAGAAUUUCUUCCAACAUCACCUAUUCAAUCUCCAUUGUCUCCAGCAAUAACAACUACAACGGAAAUGAUACCAUCAUCGACUACUGAACAGACAACAUCUGUUGAACCGAAAGAAUCUGAAGAAAGUCAAAAAUCAGUUCUUUUUAAAAUAUGCUUAAUUGGUCAAAUUGUUGUUGAUUAUUCAAUUGAUUUCUUUAAACGAAAUUCACGUGAUUACAGAGAGGUUUCAAUACAAUUAUAUCAAAUGAAAACACAAGAUAAAAAUAAUCAACAUGAAGAACGUACCCGUUCACAAAUGAAUAUUACAACAGUUUCAGCUGUUAAUCUCGAUAACGCUGAUUUUACAGCUUCUGUAAAUAAUGCUCCUACUAAUACUGAAACACAUUCUCAAACAACUGAUUUAGAUAAACUUUCACGUCUUUAUCGUUUUUUUGAUUCAUUAAUUUACUAUAUAAUGUCUCGUUCUGAACUUGUCUGUUAUUCAGCAAUGGUCAUUAAUCAUUUAACAUCAGGUUCAAUACUUUCAAUGCCAUUACCAUUAUCAAUAUUCCUUUGGGCUAUGUUACCAUCACGACCAUCAAGAAAUUAUUGGAUUACAAUCAUAACUUAUACAGAAGCAAUGAUUGUUGUUAAAUAUAUAUUUCAAUUUCGUUUCUAUCCAUGGAAUGCUUCAGAAAUAAUAGAAAAUAAUCCAUUAUCACCAGUGAAUAUUAUUGGAAUUAAUCGAAGAGAAAAUGCUGCUUCAGCUGCAGAUCUUUUUCUACUUUUAUCAUUAUUUUUUCAUCGAUCAAUAUUAAAACAACUUGGACUAUGGAAAGCAGAAACAGAUUUAAUUGAUCAAGAUGUUGUUCGACCUGUCCAACAAGAACUUUCUCAAUCAGAAAUAUCGAAAGUAAAAAGUGGUUAUUUUUUGAAAACAAUCAUUGAUGUUUAUCGACAACCACAACAAUCAUCAUUUGUUCGUGAUGUUUAUGCAUCAUUAUUUUUUUGUGAUUUCAUGAACAUGGUUAUUGUUAUACUUUUUUAUAGUCAAUUUGGUGUUCCUGUAGCUUUUCUUGUAAUGCUUUUAAUUCAAUUUUUAUUAAUUAUAAUCGAUCGAGCACUUUAUUUACGUCGAAAUGUUCGUGGAAAAUUCUUUUUUCAUUUCUUUCAAGUUAUUUGUGUACAUGUUUGGUUAUUUUUUGUAUUACCUGCUAUAACACAUAUUACAUUUCGUGAUAAUGUUGCUGCUCAAUUUUGGUAUUUAUUUAAAUGUAUUUCUUUUGGUUAUUCAUCAACGCAAGUACGAUUAGGUUAUCCAAAACGUAUUGCUGGAAAUUUUCUUAUGAAAAAAUUUAAUUAUGUUAAUCAAAUAUUAUAUCGAAUUUAUUUAUUAAUUCCAUUUUUACUUGAAUUGCGAACAAUUAUGGAUUGGAUUUUUACGGAUACAGCACUUGGAUUAUCAAGUUGGUUACAAUUACAAGAUAUUUAUUCGGAUGUUUAUUUGUUGAAAUGUGCACGAUGGGCAGAACAAAAAUAUCGAACUGAUCGUGGUGUAACUCGACCGAAACUAACAAAAUAUGGUGUUGGUGGUUCUUUAUUAGCUUUAUUAAUUUUAUUAAUCUGGUUUCCAUUAUUAUUUUUUUCAUUUUCUUCAUCAUUUUAUCAACCAAAUCCAUCUAACGAAGUUAAUGUUGAAAUUAAAUUAGGUCCAUAUUUGCCAAUUUAUCAAAUGACAGCACAAGAUAUCGAUUUAGUUCCAUUUACAUCGGCUGAUUUGAAAGCAUUACGUGAUAGAAUUGAUUCAUUAAAUAUAGAAACAGCUACUAAAGAUAGUGCUUAUGGAUUUUUACGUGAUUUUAAUCGUGAUGAUAUUCAAUGUGUAAAUUUAUUUGCUACAAGUGUUGAUCUUUGGGAAAUAAGUCAACCAGUACGUGAUACUGUUGUUAAUAAUUUACGCUCCAAUGUAACAGUACCUGUUCGAUUUUCAUAUACAAUAAGACGUUCUCCAUUGGAUCAAGAUAAUUCAGGCGAUCAAGCAACUAUUGUAACAGGAGAAAAUACAGUUGGUAUAACAGCAAAUGAUAAAAGUAUUCGAAAUGCAUUAAUUGAAAUACUCAAUGGAGCAAUGGAUUCACGAACAACUAUAAAUUUUACAAUUGUAAAUUUAUUACCAAGGUUUUUACAUGUUAAACCGAAAGCAAAACCAGAAGAAAUUUUUGCUUUUAAAAAUAGUAAUUUCAUUCUUAAAAAUUUUAUUGAUUAUUUAAAAUCAACAUUUUGUAUUUUAGGUUUUUUAAAUGAUUAUUAUGCUAAUAUUACGAUGGGUUUAAAUAGUACAAAAACAGUUCCCAAUAGUACAGAUGUUUGGUGGGAAAUGUCCGAAUAUGGGAAUAAAUAUAGUUAUACUCCAUCAUGUGCCUUUUCGGGUCAGAAUUAUUUGAGUAUGAUCUUUUUCAAUGAUAAAGUUUCGCCGGCCAAUAUUUCAUUUCUUACUCGAUAUGGGAUAAUUGGUUUAUAUACAACAUUUGUGGUUGUUGUUGCCCGAUUAUUUCGUACAAUCUUGCAAACAAGUAGAACAAUAAUGUUUAAUGAAUUACCAAAUGUUGAACGUUUAUGGCAUCUUUUACGUGAUAUUUAUUUAGUUCGAGAAAAUAAUAUGCUACCUUUUGAAGAAGAACUUUUUGCCAAACUUGUAUUUCUAUAUCGAUCACCAGAAACAUUAAUACGUUUUACGAAACCAAAGUCAGAAUAG